AUGGUGUACUGUGGGAAGCCGAGCAAGGGUUGCCAUCAGUGUAGACGCAGAAAGAUUAAGUGCGACCAAGGAGAGCCCUCUUGCGGCCAAUGUCACCGCGCCAAUUAUAUUUGCCCCGGCUAUCGAAAUCAGCUUGAUCUGUUAUUCCGGGAUGAGACUCAGAAAGUAGCAACAAAGGCCGGCGCCGUCUCAAGGCAGACGAAUCCAACUCGCCUGCCGGCUUCGAGUGUCCAGACCGUGGCGACGCCAAAUGACGAAUCCGCAACUCGUAGAAAUGCCAGGCACAAGCAGAUCUCCUUCAAAUCGAUGAGACGGUAUCAAGGGGUGCACGGCAGUGGCCCACUGUCAUCACGGGCGCUCCCCGUUGAGCUUACGCACCGAGCAAUAUGUUUCUUUGUGUCAAACUAUUCACCGUUGUUCCGACUUCUCGGGCCGGGUUGCGUUCCUCCUGUAGCACUCAUGGAUGCCCUGUUUGAUGAUGAAACUCUGUCGGUUUGUAUGACAGCUGUCAUCACAUGUCGCGGAGCCACGUCUUUGCAAACUUGGAGGAAUCAUAUGCAAGGGGCAACUGCGUUGCUCAAUCUUAGAAGCCAAAUGAAUUCUUUUAAGCUCGAUCGCUUUCGAACCGUUGUUCAAAUUCGCGGUCAAAUCAUUUCUGGCUGCCUUGUCGCACAAAGUUACGCUCCCCCUUUAAUUGACCGCCAUAUAAGCCUAGAUCGAUCCGAAAUGUCCGAUGCAGAACUUGCCCUGGAGGACGUGACAGUGCUCCUGAUUGAACUGACGAAUUUGCGAGCUUCAGUAAAGGAAGGUGUGAUUUCAUCCCCAUAUGAGAUUCUUUGCAUGGCCUUGGAUCUCCGGGAGCGCUUUCUAGCUUUUGAACGUUUGGCGGAGGACAAAUACCCCUUCCGACGGAUUAUGAACUGGGACGGAAAGUCCAGAUUUCUUCCCCGGGAGUCCGUUUAUGAGGAUUACUUUGAUGUAUAUCCCAGCAUCUACGCUGCUAGUAUCUGGAACGGCUACCGCGCUGGUCGCAUUACUCUCAGCGGCACUAUCUUUAAUCAGUUCUCGGAGCUUCAGACAUCGUGCAUCACGGGAAGUACCCUCUCGGAUGAGAUAUGCAUUAAAGUGGACGAAGAGAACGCCCAAAUUGAAAAGCUGGCACAGGAUAUCUGCAGUAGCGCGCCAUUUGCAUUGGAAAUGAUUCGCUGGGAUGCAGAGGCUGUUUCCGUCAACCCUGCUGGUCCAUGCGGACUGGGUGGGUUCUUGCUGCUGUGGCCCUUGUGCCUUGCUGCAGAGGUGGGCAAGACGAUGCCGAAACUUCAGACUUGGAUAGUGCGCGAGUUUGAACUAAUUGGACACUUGCUUGGGAUUAGCCAGGCACUGUGGAUGUCGAAUUUGAUUAAAAAAAAAUACUCGAUCGGCGAGUGGUUGGUCUGUGAUGGAUUAUCAGAGUGGGAUUUCUGGAUUGACCACCGCCUUGAUGCGUGA